AUCGUCUUACUGUGCAAAUUGCCAUGAUAAAAAUAAUGGUAUCAGAAAAAUUGACUUUCAUCUGUUCAGUUUGUGAUGCUAAGAAGAAUACUCAAACUAGGGAGAAGAAAAAAGUCUUAAAAUUGGGUAGGAAUAUUUUAGCAAAGAAUGAGAAUAAAG